GCGGGGCCGCGCACUGCCCCGGAGCCGCGGUGCGGCCGCUGCCGGCGGAGCUCCCGCGGUGCUGCUCCGCUCCGGGCGGACGGCUAAGGCGGCACCAUGAAGAGGAGAGCAGGGGAGCGGGAGAAAGAACUGAAGAAGAAAAAGCUUCUUGAAGAACUUGGGGAGAAUAGACUUCCAUAUCUGACACCAGCCGAUGCUGAUUUCCACCAGCUGUGGAAGACCAAGUAUUCCAAGCUGAUUUUCAGGAAAUCUGAUACAAUACCUGAAGAGCUCCAUCAAAUGGUACAAGAAAGCUUUCUGACCUUGCGAGAACACAACUGUUUCUUUCAAGAUCUUGUAAGGAUCAAAGGAAAAGACUUCCUUACUCCAGUGUCUCGUAUAUUAAUUGGAAAACCAGGAUGCACUUACAAGUAUUUGAACACAAGAUUAUUUACAGUUCCUUGGCCUACAGAAAGUUAUGAUAUAAAAUAUUGCAGUCCUCAAAUACAUGAUGCUUGUAAGGCAUUAAUGAGACUUAAUGACUACUUGCAUAUUGAAACAGUCAAGGAAUUACAAGGACAAAAUUUGUUUGAGAACAAAGAAAUUAAAGAUACUGCUGUAAUAGAUAGGAAGCAAAAUUUUGCUACUUCUCAUACGGAGCAAGGGUCUGUUUCAAAAGAUCAAAGCAGUCUUUGUGUACCAGAGGAUGAAAAAAAUCUUAAGAAUAGAACAUCUUAUAAUUUGACUUUAUUAAAUUAUAUGGAUCCACUACAAAUGCUGUACUUGAAACAAGAACCUUACUUUGGAAUGGGGAACAUGGCAGUGAGCUGGCACCAUGACGAGAACCUGGUGGAAAGGUCAGCAGUGGCUGUGUACAAUUACAGCUGUGAAGAUUCAGCUGUACAAGAAAGCAAUGAGCAGGAACUGAAGGGAAGAGACCCAGCUGUUUGGCACGUAGGCUUGAAGGUAGCAUGGGACAUAGAGACACCUGGCUUGGCAGUGCCACUUCACCAAGGAGACAUCUACUUGAUGCUUGAUGAUCUCAAUAUGACCCACCAGCACUGUGUUCUGGCUGGUUUAUCACCUCGGUUCAGCUCAACUCACAGGGUGGCAGAUUCUUCAAGAGGAACAUUGGAAUACAUACUUGGACAGUGUGAACUGGCACUCCAGAAUUUACAGACUGAUUCCGAUUCAAUGGCUUUGUCUUUGAAAUCACUGGAAGCUGCAGUGGUGAAGCAAGCAGAAGAAAUACACAAUGAGGUUGAAUUUGAGUGGCUUAGGCAGUUUUGGUUCCAAGGCAAGAGGUAUUUGAAGUGUACUGAUUGGUGGCUUAAGCCUAUGGCUAAAUUGGAAGAAUUUUGGAGAAAACUGGAGAUUAUGACAAGUCUGGUCGUCUCUGAGGUUAGAAAAGAGCAACAAAUUGAGGAACAAAGGAAUGAGACCAUCAACUGCUUCCUGCUCCUUCUUAAGGAGAGACAAAAGCUGCGUAAAGAAUGGACAGCAAGAUGCCAGUCAGACGCAGCAGAGAGCUUGCCAGAAGACCAGAAACCAGAAUGCCAUCCCUUCUGGACAGAUGAUGAUGAAUGUAAUAUGCCUCUGCCAUAUGAUCUAGAAGAAGUAAUUGCUUAUCUACAAAAUCUUGUUCAAUGGAUAGAAUAACAAGUGACCUUCCAGCCUAGAAUUAUUGAUGCUGGUCAUCUGGGGAGAAGCUUUGUCGUUACCAUAAAUCUUUUCAGCUUUAUGAUUUCUUGAUUGUAUGUUAUUUUAUGUGUCAAUGCAGAUUUUAUCGGUCUUUACACAGUAGCUUAGUUACUGUCUCAUAAUAAAAAAGACCAGCCCUCAAA